AUGGCUGGCUCCCAGGUCAAGUGCCUGGAGAGCGAAGAACCUUAUGCUAAAGUAACUGAAUCAAAUCCUGAAUUUUAUUACUGUGAGGGUCAGAGGUUGGCCCUUGAAGCCCUGCUCACGAAAGGAAAGGAUGCAUUUAAAGAAUGCCUCUCCCAGGAAAAGCUGCGCGCCUUUCUGUCAGAUGGAGAGCAACAAGAACUGAUAGAGGCGGCAACUGCCGAAGACUCACAGGCUCCCCCAUCAGGUGGAGCAGGGAAGCACAACCGUGGGGACCAAGGAUCGAGUCUCAGCUACUGGCCUGGACAAUCUGAUGAGCCCACCCCAGACCUGGAGCUGGGGUGGCCAGAGGAAGGAGCUUGGAAGGGGAUCACCCGGGCUGAGGUCUACACUCAUCCACCAGGAGAAGGAGCACCACACAUCAAGGAAAUGGUACGCAGAUGUCUCCAGCAAGCCAACAAGGUAAUUGCCAUAGUCAUGGAUGUUUUCACGGACCCCGACAUCCUCUCGGAUCUGUACGAUGCUGCAGUCAGGCGCCGAGUCCCAGUUUACGUCAUACUCAGCAGACGGCAUCUUGACUCCUUCCUUGUCAUGGCUGAGAAAAUGUGCCUUAAUGUCCGCUACACGGAGAAGCUGAGAGUCCGAGUCAUCCAUGGUUGCACCUUCCAAAGCAGACACCAGAAGCAGGUCACAGGGUUGCUAAAGGAGAAAUUUAUACUGGCUGAUGGAGAAGUAGCGAUCACUGGCAGCUACAGCUUCACGUGGACCGAUGCCCGGUUGAACCGCCACCUGGUCACUCGGCUUACAGGGGAGGUAACAGAAGCAUUUGACCGUGAAUUUCGGACCUUGUAUGCUGCUUCCUGUCCCUUGCCAGGGCUGGAGGUACCCCCUAGACCCCAAGUUGCUCAUGUGCCUCCGCUGCCUACCACCAAUGGGCCGGAAGUCGCUCCAUAUGUCAGUAUCCUGGAUGGGGUACAACUGUCCUCCAACCGCAUCGCAGAGAGGCGCUCUGUGGCUCCACAUCCUGUGGCCAAGAGUCGGGCUGGUGAGUGGGAGCUGGUAUUAGCCUCACCUGUGACUGCAGAGGACCCUGUGCUACCCACUCCAGUGCGCGAGGCCUCGUUCCGGAACCGUUUAGGAGCAUGGCGUGGUAUGGACUUGUCUGGGAGAGCCCCACAGGAAUCCCAAGAGCAGCACAGUGCUCUCAGUGAUAUUUUCCGGAAUGUACAGCGGACCCGGCUCUCAGUAGCCAAGACCACAGGUGCUCGUGCUAGUAAGUCGCUGUGGGACCUCAGCCGCUUCAGCCAACUCUCCGGGUCCAGUGCAGGAUUUGGGCAUAAUGGGAUAGACUCAGCCGAAGAAGCAAAGAAAUGGGGUUACCAGGACACACCAGCAAGGGAGCUGAUGAAACAGCGAGUGGUUGGCCACACUCCAGAUGAGCCAUGGAUGCCUGUCUACCUGGCGCAUGGGCGCGUGGCACCUUCCCCUGGCUACCCAGGCGUAGGAAGACUGCAAGGACAGCUAUAUCGUACAACUGCCCAUCCAGGUAUACCUCGGGUUUGGGGGCACUCAGGAAAGCCUCCCCACGGGCACCAGCUUCGGUUCUGA